AUGGUGCUCGGUUACGGGGGCUUCCUCGGCCUCAGCGGCGGCAACGAAUACCGACACAAAUUCCGACAAGCGACCAAAGAUUUCCUGAAGAAACACGUUUUCGCGAAGAACCGGGGCCAGGUGACGUGUGCGUUGUCCGUUACGUCCGGUUUCGUUUUCGCGGUUGCCACUAGCCAUGGAAGCCUCAUCAUGUCCGGCAUCGCCAGACGAAAACGGCGCGUCGACGACCGCAAGACCGAGAUGAUCCAGGAGCUGAAGAGGCGCAGCAUAGUGCUUCACAAAAUGGAUUGGAUGGACGUGUGCAUGCCCAAUGGUACCUUUGCGUUGGGAGUUGGUAUCGUCGAAGAAGGGGCGGAGGAUCAUGCUGGACUCACAACUCCCUCUUCCAGUGAUGACGUCCAAGAGAUAGUUUCACGACCCAGUACCGCCACUGAGUUCAUUGAUGCCAUGUCAGUGCCGACUGAUGAGUGGGUCUCGCGUGGCGCAUUGAGUGUGGCUCAGCUACUCGGCAUUCAAGGACCAGUCCCGGAGAUCGACGCAUUCGGCACCAAAAUCGCUGAUAAUGAUUCAGCAGUGGACCUCCCUGAGACCUUCGGCAAUAUCGCAGCUCAGCAGCUUUCCUGGUGGAUCACAGAGCCUUUCGAAAACCCAGACUGGAACCGCAGAGCCUCGCAAUCGCUGGGCUGCAGUCGAUACCUCGGAUCAACAUCUCGGACAUGUGACUGCUGUCGGAAGUCAAUCAACUCAGGCUCCUACAUGCGUGAGUGCAACCUUACCUCCUCCUAUUAA